AUGGUUGGCGUGAAGAAGAGACCAGUCAGAAAAUUCAACCUGGAAAUUAACCUGAACAAUGACAUAGAGGACAAGGUGCGGUCAUACAUAAUAUCGAAUAGAAACAAAAUGAAGAAAAAGCAUAAACAAAGAAGAAAAAAAAAAAUAAGAAGACGAAUCAAAAUGGAAUGUAAAAUAUCAUCCUUUGUUUUCCCCAAUUCAAAGAAGGAGAAAAAACUGAGGCUAAGUUACAUUAAUAAGUUUAUAAAAAAAAAAAAAUUAAUCAAGCAACAUUUGAAGCAGAUAAGAGAAAGGAUAAAACAUUUCCAAGCAAUGGUGAACACAAGUCGGAGUGAAGUCAAGGAAAAGAGCGUUAAGCUGCAAAAAGGGGAAGAAAGAUUGCACCCCUCCAAUCUCUGCUAA